UCCCAGCCACGUGGGAUUGUCUUUUCCUGCGAGCGGCGGCCCAGGCCCGAGCAAUGGCGCCGUACCAGAUGACGACCCAGUACAGAUCAGACAGCCGGGGAGCCAGCAGGAAGUGUUUCCAUUACCAGAACUGGCUCCUUUUGCACGCUCAACGGGACUGGUGCAGGUUUAAGCACUUUCAGAAACCCUCAGUGCUUCACGUGGAGGCGCGUCGGCUGGAAAAGAUUUUCGGCCCAAGCAGAGCCCUCAUCCCGAAGUUCGAACAGGAGUUCAAAGUCCUGAUCCGGAUGGGAGAGCCCGACUCCGAGGGCAAAGUUGGAGUCUUUAUCAUCGGGAAGCGCCGCCACCGAAAGCGUGCCAAAAGCCUACUUCGCAUUUUGGCUGCAAGGCCUGGAAGGAAACUGUGUGGAGACCUAAUGAUGCUCAGCAUUAAGAAGUCUGUUAAAAGAGAGAAUGCUGAUUCCGAUGCCACCCUCUCUACUGCCAUGAUGACCAGCCUGGAUGAAGCCAUGAAGUCACUGGAAAUAGGCGGGGAGACUGUCCAGGAACCUGUUACCAAAACAGUGUGA